AUGGACGACAUCACUCGCAACGUUCGGUACGAACUAUUCCAGUUCUACCUGAGAGAAUGCCGCCCACCCACCAACGACGAACUUGCCAAAGCGUCUGGCAUUGACGCUGCUGAAGUUUCUCUUAUCCUUCAGAAGCUCGAGGAUGCGCACCAUAUUAUAUGUUAUAGGCACAAGUCAUGCUCGCCUACAUCCAUCGCAAUGGCUCACCCUUUCUCCCACCUUCCGACUCCCUUCAUCGUUUCCGAGGGCUCACGGCGCUGGUGGGCCAACUGUGCCUGGUGCGCAUUCGGUCUAGCUGCAAUGCUGGCUCCCGCGAAGACGACUGUCUCGGUGCGGUCUGGCUCAAUUGGCACGGAGAUGCAAUUUGUCAUUGAGGGUGACGAGAUCAAAUGCAUUGCUCCGGAGGGAGAGAUCAAUACAGAUGAUUGCUACGUGCACUUCUCCGUCCCGCCUUCUACAUGGUGGAGGGAUGUUCGAUUUGCAUGCGGAACUAUUCAGUUCUUCCCAUCCAAGCAAGAGGCAGAGCAAUGGCCUCGGAAGUAUGGCUUCCACACUGGAGAUAUCAUUACUCUGGACGCUGCGUGGCAAUUGUCGAAGGCGUGGUAUCACGACAAGCACGAACAUGGAUACGAUCGGAAGUCUGCUGAAGAGGUUGAUGAAUUGUAUACCCGCCUAGGCAUGACUUCCGAUUUCUGGAAGGCUUAG